AUGUAUCAUUGUACUGGCUUGCUUACGGUUACGCCAGAAAACCCGGCCGAGGCCAUUAAUUAUUGCUGGUCAACGUUGAUUCAAGCAUUGCUUCGAUCCGACAGCAUCAACAUGAUGGAUCCACUGACAGCCAUCGGGCUGAUGGCAAACAUUUUGGCCUUUGUCGAUUUUGGCCUUAAAGGCCUUAACGAAGCCAAAAUAGUCUACAAAUCCUCAUCAGGUCUCACUGAAGAAGCUGCCAACCUGUAG